UGCGUCAGAGGUGGCGACGGAAGCGGCGAAUGAGCUUGGUCACGGGCUGAGGCGGCAGGAAAGCAAGCGGCUCCCGGAUUCCCUCCUUCGCUUGGAAAGAACCCAAGAGGCGGCGGCGCCAUGAUCACCUCCGCAGCUGGAAUUAUUUCCCUUCUGGAUGAGGAAGAGCCAGAACUCAAGGAAUUUGCUCUUCACAAACUGAAUGCUGUUGUCAAUGACUUCUGGGCUGAGAUCUCCGAGUCAGUGGAUAAAAUUGAAAUCCUGUAUGAAGAUGUUGGCUUCCGGAGUCGUGAAUUUGCAGCUCUGGUGGCUUCAAAGGUGUUUUAUCACCUUGGAGCCUUUGAAGAGUCUCUGAACUAUGCCUUGGGAGCAGGCAACCUAUUCAACGUCGGUGACAAUUCAGAAUAUGUGGAGACGAUCAUUGCGAAGUGCAUUGACCAUUACACCAAGCAGUGUGUGGAAAAUGCUGAUCUGGCCGAGGGAGCAAAGAAGGCCGUCGAUCCGCGGCUUGAAGGGAUAGUGAACAAGAUGUUCCAACGCUGUUUAGAUGAUCACAAGUACAAGCAAGCCAUUGGGAUCGCCUUGGAGACGCGCAGGCUGGAUAUCUUUGAGAAAACCAUUUUGGAAUCGAAUGACGUUCCUGGAAUGCUGGCCUACAGCUUGAAACUCUGCAUGUCCUUGAUGCAGAAUAAGCAAUUCCGCAACCAGGUGCUGAGAGUUCUGGUGAAAAUCUACAUGAACCUAGAAAAACCUGACUUCAUCAAUGUGUGCCAGUGCCUCAUCUUCUUGGAUGACCCCCAGGCUGUCAGUGACAUCUUGGAGAAGCUGGUGAAGGAGGACAACCUUCUCAUGGCGUACCAGAUCUGCUUUGACUUGUAUGAAAGUGCCAGCCAGCAGUUCCUGUCUUCUGUGAUUCAGAACCUACGCACCGUUGGCACCCCUAUUGCCUCUGUGCCCGGUUCAACCAAUACAGGGACCGUCCCUGGGUCAGAGAAAGAAAGUGAUACUAUGGAGACAGAAGAAAAAGCAAACAGUCCAGUUGCUGCAGCAAAGUCUGCCCAAGCUAGCCCUGAGUCGAAAGACCAGAUCCCCAAAAUGAUAAAAAUAUUAAGUGGCGAAAUGGCCAUUGAAUUACACCUGCAGUUCUUAAUACGAAACAACAACACAGACCUCAUGAUUCUCAAAAACACAAAGGAUGCAGUGCGAAAUUCUGUUUGUCACACAGCGACCGUCAUCGCUAACUCCUUCAUGCAUUGUGGAACAACCAGUGACCAGUUCCUUAGAGAUAAUUUGGAAUGGCUUGCCAGGGCUACCAAUUGGGCAAAGUUUACUGCUACUGCCAGCCUCGGUGUCAUACAUAAGGGCCAUGAGAAGGAAGCUCUGCAGUUAAUGGCGACGUACUUGCCGAAAGACACAUCCCCAGGGUCAGCCUAUCAGGAAGGCGGUGGGCUUUAUGCCCUGGGACUCAUCCAUGCCAACCACGGAGGGGACAUCAUAGACUACUUGCUGAACCAGCUGAAGAAUGCCAGCAAUGACAUUGUGAGACACGGAGGGAGCCUGGGACUUGGCUUGGCUGCCAUGGGGACGGCUCGCCAGGAUGUGUACGAUCUCCUGAAAACAAACUUGUACCAGGAUGAUGCGGUGACAGGUGAAGCAGCUGGUUUAGCCCUGGGCCUGGUCAUGCUUGGAUCCAAAAAUGCUCAAGCGAUUGAGGAUAUGGUGGGCUAUGCUCAAGAAACCCAGCAUGAGAAGAUCCUGCGAGGCCUUGCAGUUGGCAUUGCCCUAGUGAUGUACGGGAGAAUGGAAGAAGCCGAUGCCCUCAUAGAGAGUCUCUGCAGAGAUAAAGAUCCCAUCCUCCGCCGUUCGGGAAUGUAUACGGUCGCAAUGGCUUACUGUGGCUCUGGAAACAACAAGGCAAUCAGGCGUCUGCUGCAUGUUGCUGUUAGUGAUGUCAAUGAUGAUGUGAGACGAGCAGCCGUUGAAUCCCUGGGUUUCAUUUUGUUCAGGACCCCCGAACAGUGUCCAAGCGUGGUUUCCUUGCUGUCUGAAAGUUAUAACCCCCACGUCCGGUAUGGGGCAGCCAUGGCUCUGGGUAUCUGCUGUGCUGGGACAGGAAACAAGGAAGCAAUUAAUUUGCUGGAGCCGAUGACAAAUGAUCCGGUGAACUACGUGCGUCAGGGCGCACUGAUUGCAUCUGCCCUUAUCAUGAUCCAGCAGACAGAGAUCCUCUGCCCAAAGGUCAGCCAGUUCAGACAGCUUUACUCCAAAGUCAUUAAUGAUAAACACGAUGACGUCAUGGCCAAGUUUGGAGCCAUCCUAGCCCAAGGCAUACUGGAUGCAGGCGGCCACAAUGUCACUAUUUCGCUGCAGUCGAGGACUGGACACACGCACAUGCCGUCGGUGGUCGGAGUGCUGGUCUUCACCCAGUUCUGGUUCUGGUUUCCUCUCUCCCACUUCUUGUCCUUGGCUUUCACCCCAACCUGUGUCAUCGGCCUAAACAAGGACCUCAAGAUGCCAAAAGUGCAGUACAGAUCUAACGUCAAGCCUUCCACCUUUGCCUACCCAGCCCCUUUGGAGGUGCCCAAGGAGAAGGAGAAGGAAAAGGUUUCCACUGCUGUGCUGUCAAUCACCGCGAAGGCUAAGAAGAAGGAGAAAGAAAAGGAAAAAGAGAAGAAGGAGGAGGAGAAAAUGGAAGUGGAUGAAACUGAGAAGAAGGAAGAGAAGGAGAAGAAGAAAGAGCCCGAACCGUCCUUCCAGAUCCUCGACAAUCCGGCCCGGGUGAUGCCGGCCCAGCUCAAGGUCCUCACCAUGCUGGAGAGCUGCCGGUAUCAGCCUUUCAAACCUCUCUCCAUUGGAGGCAUCAUUGUCUUGAGAGACACCAGCGAGGACACAGAAGAGCUAGUGGAGCCGGUGGCGGCUCACGGGCCGAAGAUCGAGGAGGAGGAGCAGGAGCCGGAGCCCCCAGAGCCCUUUGAGUACAUUGAUGAUUAGGAUGCAGGGGAUGUGGCCCUCGAAGACGUUUGGCGCUGCGUCUGACGUGGGAAAACCUGCCCGGAGGAGGUCCCUGCUGCGGAUGACAGCGCACGGUGCAUGCCCCAAUGCUUCUGCGCUGGCAGGCGGUUUGCAUUUUAUGGUUGGCAAAAAUAUGGGAGGGAAAACUGUGCUCUCUUUCGUGUACUCUUUAACACACACACACAAAAAAAUGUUUUUUUGAAAAUAAAAUAAAAUAA